AUGAGUUCCCUAUACUCGACGCCCAUCGGUUUGAUCUUUGUUUUUAACCUGAUUAUUGGGCCGGGUUCACUGACGUUACCAGCUGUUGUUCAAGAAACUGGAUGGCUUUUGAGUGGUAUAUUUAUUGCAACUAUGGCUUUUUUAAGUUACAUUACAUUCACUUUCGUUAUAGAAGCAAUCACGAUUACAAAUUCUAUAACGCAACUUCGUAAAUUACAAAUGAUGAAAAGUGUUACCAGGGUAUUGAAAUCGUGUAAGGACAUGAUGCCACAAGUUUCAUCAGUUAACUAUGACAGACUUUCAAAUGCUAGUACGGAUAGUUAUAACAGUGACAAUGAAGCUCCUAUUUUUGACAAUCCAGUGUUACCCACAUCUAGUUCUUUAUUGGACUUUCCUCCUGAAUCUGUUGAAUUGCUUUCACUUGAUAAUAGGAUAGAAAUGGGUGAAAUGGUAGCAGUACUACUGCCUCCAUUUGCUAAAGUGAUGUUUUUUUUUUCCAUCAGUGGCUAUUUAUUUGGUGAUUUAUCUAUUUACUAUAAAGCAAUUGGACAAUCACUUGUAGACUUCACAUGUGAUCACAAAUCAAAUAAUAGAUCUGCUAAUAAGUCAGAUUUGUGUUGGGAAAAUUCAUCUUAUACUAAACAUGAAAUUUAUUUAAGCUAUUUGAUGCUGUAUAUCUUAAUAAUAGGACCAUUCACAUUUUUUAGUGCCCAAAACACUAAAUACUUACAAGUUGUAGGUUUUUUCAUGCGCAUCAUUGCUAUUAUUGCAAUGGUUGUUCUAGCAACAAUACGACUGAUUUCUCCGACCCAAAAGCAUGGAUAUACACCAGCAUCAAACUUUAUGGCUAUGCCACAACUAAUAGGCGCUUCAAUUUAUGCGUUUAUGUGUCAUCAUUCUAUCCCAUCUGUGAUUUCACCAAUCAAAAACAAAAACAAAAUACUGCUAAAAGUGGCAGCUAACUUCUUGUUAGUAUACACAUUGUACAUGUGCUUGUGUAUGACGGGUGUUUUUGCAUUUCCAAAAGUUAAUGAAUUGUAUACCAUAAAUUUCACACCAUCACAAGAUACUGGAUUAUUAUUUUAUAAACUGAUUGAUUCAAUAUUGGUUCUUUUUCCUGUACUUACAAUCAGUAUUAGUUUUCCAGUUAUUGCAAUUACAUUAAGAAAUAAUAUCCAAGUGAUGUUUCUUCCAAGCGAUGCUCAUUGGAUCUGGAAGCGAAUAGUUAUACCGCUAUUCUCCUUAAUUACACCUGUGCUACUAGCGGCUUUUGUGACACGUCUUGAAGUUUUAGUUUCGAUUGUCGCGGUGUACGCUGGUACUGGUAUUCAGUAUGCAACCCCUGCAUUAUUGGUCAUGGCUGCACGUGCUGAAAUUCCACAACAAGUGGCUGCAAUUAAAAAUGAUUAUUGCUCACCUUUCAAGUCUAAAUAUUGGCCAUUGUGCAUUUUGAUAUGGACGGUAAUAUGUGUGAUAGUAUUGACAAUUUCUUUGAUAAGCAAAGAAUUCCAAUGA